AUGACCGCAGAGGAGGUUAUCGACUUCUUUGCGCCACAUCAGUCGAGCAAGGACGCCGUUGUCGAUUGGUUGAAAGACUCCGGAAUAGCAGCCGAUCGCAUUGGCCAAUCUGCUAACAAGCAAUGGAUCCAAUUCGACGCCACGGUCACCGAGGCCGAGAAUCUGCUCUUCGCCGAGUUCUACGUGUGGGAGCACUCCUCUGGAAGCAGCGACAUCUCUGCCGAGGAGUAUCAUAUCCCCGGCUACAUCCAGGAGCACAUUGACUACGUGACGCCUGGAACUCGACUGCGCUCGCGAGACCUUGGUAAGAGGACGUGGAAGACGGAGUUCGAGAAACGCUCGGGCUCUGAUUACCUGCUGCACCCUACGCCGCACAUUACCAAGUUGCCGGCUUUUCCCAACCCUAAUUCUACUACUUGCGACACGUAUGUUACUGCCGAGUGCACGAGAGCUCAAUAUAAUCUUCCGAACGGCACAACAGCAGCUCCGGGCAACAAACUCGGCAUCUUCGAGCACCUAGACCAGCAUUAUAGCAAGGUCGAGCUAGAUGUCUAUUUCAGCACUUUGUACCCAUGGAUUCCAAAUGGCACCUAUCCCGAGGAGCGACUUGUUGACGGGGCUAUUGGCGCAAUCGAGGAGCCAUUCCCGCCAGAGUUUCCCAAACCACCCGUAGGAAUGGAGGCAGCACUGGAUUUUGAUUCGGCGUGGCCCCUCAUCUACCCUCAGGGAACUGUUUUGUUCCAGGAGGACGACGAGUAUUACGAGUCCACAGGUGAUUUUGGAGGCUUCCUGAACACUCUUCUUGAUGCCAUAGACGGCAGCUAUUGUACAUAUAGCGCCUUCGGUGAAACAGGCGACUGCACAGCGCCAGAGUGUGCUGAUCCUGUCUACCCCGAUCCUCACGCGGGAGGCUACAAGGGGCAGCUCCAGUGCGGUGUUUUCAAGCCCACCAACGUGAUAUCAAUCUCGUACGGUGGUGCCGAGUAUGGCCUCCCCGAUUACUACAUGAAGCGCCAAUGCAACGAGUGGAUGAAACUCGCCCUCCAAGGCGUGACGGCCGUGCUUUCGUCGGGCGACGACGGCGUUGGCGAGCCAGACACAUGUCCACCCGGCCCGGAUGGACUGAUUUUCGCGCCUGAUUUCCCUAGCAACUGCCCCUACAUCCUUUCCGUCGGCAGCACGGAGUGGGAUCGUUACAACAACUCGACGCCACCGACGCCUUACGAGAAGCUUAAUGAGGUUGCCACUUUCCGCUUCGCCAGUGGUGGCGGCUUCAGCAACGUGUAUGGUAUCCCGAGCUACCAGCGCGAUGCGGUGGAUGCGUACUUUGAUCAGGUGAAGCUGCCCUUCUCGGGCUACCACCAUUACGUCCAUGACGGAGACUUCUCGACGGUCAAAGGCGGUGUGUACCACCACGGUGGCCGUGCGUAUCCUGACGUUGGCGCAGUGGGUGAUAGGCAACUUGUGUAUGUCCAAGGAUCAUGGUAUCUGAUCGGAGGAACCUCCCUGUCAGCGCCGGUCUGGGGCGCCGUCUUGACUCUUGUCAACGAAGCCCGCAUUGCGGCUGGCAAGAGUACUGUUGGGUUCAUACAUCCUGUUAUUUAUUUCGACCUCAUUGUUCUAAGAAGCAUGGGCUAA